AUGCCUCCUCGGCGCGCAUGCGACUUAUGCUACAAGCGCAAGAUCCAAUGCUUAAUCGCGAACCCCGGUGACCCAUGCGAUUGGACCGCAUCCGAUGUCGUGCAGGAACUCUCCCACCGGGUAGAAGAGCUCGAAGGCGUUCUCAGGUCAAAGUCUGCACAAUCAACAAAUACAACUGGCGGUACCUCGCCUUGGUCCGAGAUAUCAGCAUCAACAAGUAGCAUUUCUUAUCACUUGACAUCUCCGACCACAGCCGCAGGCGAGCAGCCAGCCAGAAAUCCUCCGCCCCUUCAGCUUCACGUAAAUCCCGCACCGACCCAAGUCACUCAGUCUAGGCCCUCCUACAGGUUAUCAAGAUGUCAGCUUGGCGAUAACUGGUAUUUCAAGGGAGUAGGCAUCUUUUCAUCACGGGGACGACAGUGGAUUUCGGAAGGCGCAGGGCAGCGCGUGUUUUUGGAAAACUUUAACAUCUUUAGAGAUCCUGUCAGCACUCCUCCCGAUCCUGUCUCUUCUACAUUGCUGUCACGAUCAAGAAUAUUGCCUCCAGAGUCUACUUGCAGAUACCUCGUUGGUGUCUUCUUCAAGUCCAAGACUUCGAUAGUCUUUCCGGUACUUCAAAGGGACCUCCUUGAAGUGACCAUCGCGAGUGCGUACGACGUCAAGGCGCCCGACCCAGGACGUCGGACAUCAGCGGAGGCUUGUCUCUGGGCCAUGCUCGCUCUUGUUAGUCGCACGGAAGGGGCCCGGCAAUCUCAUUCCUUUCCGGAGUCAUGCGAAUGCAUCCAUGAGGCUAAACGUCUAUUAAUUAUCUCCAAUAACUCUGUUAACUUGGACAGCCUGCAAGCCACCCUUUUGCUGUGGGCACACCAAAAAAUGAAAGGGCAAUGUCGAGAGGCUUCCAUCACCUUUACAAGCGCAUGUCGUAUGGUAUGUGAUCUUGGCGGCCAUUUUCUCCUGUCAAGGCUAGCUCUUCUGCCUCAACAUAUUCCCAUAUUCGACGAGCAAUCAAGGUUCCAUAUCCGAAGGUUAUUUUGGCUAUGCUAUUGCUUCGACAAAGACGCCUCUCUUCGUACUGGGAGUCCGCCGCUACUUACCUCCAAUUACUGCGACGUCGGUGAUGCUGGAGAAUGCAGCAACCAGACGUGUUGGUACAACCAGCCGCGAGACAUACACAUCGCAAAGAUCAAAGAAAACGCAUGCCGACUGCUCUGCUCGCCGCGAGCAUUUACAUAUGAAGAGAGCGAGCUCCUAUCGCACGUUCGGCAGCUUGAUGAUGAGCUUGAGGAAUGGCGGUUAUCAAUCGAAUCAAGCUAUCGCCCCAGAUUAUCCAUCCACCCAGACUCAAACCUUCCAAUCUCGGCAACUAUGAGCGCAGAAGACGGCACGCACAUCAUCAACUUGCAGCUUGACUACCUCUUCACCAUAAUCAACAUUCACACAAUGGUCCGAAAGUGUGGUGAUUUUGAGAGGAACUUACCCGAUGACCUGCACAGCGUAGUGCACUCGAGCGCUGAUCUGUCCAUAGAAGCCAGUCGUUCUAUUUUCCGCUUUUUGGAAACUGUGGUCAACUUCUGGAAAGAGGAUUCAGUUUGGGUGGUGUCUCACUAUGCGCCGAUGGCUGCCAUGCCACUCUUUAUCAAUAUCAUUAUACACCCUCUCGGUGAGGAAGCAGACAAUGACUUGCAGAUCUUGGCGUCGGUGGGAAAUAUUGCACGCAGUAUUCCAACUGAGGGACUAUGCGUGGAGGAGAUUGAACAUAUCCAAGAAAUCUGCGAAUUCGUAAUGGAGCUCGUUCGGCUUGGUCAUAGUGCAGCUUGGAAGGUCAAAAAGGGGGAAAGAGAGCAUGACCUUGAUAUUAUUCACAGAUAG